AUGGAGAGCAGGUCGUGGCCAGACUGUGAAGGUGCAGUCACCUGGGGACAGAUUGGCAGGAAUGGUUUUGAUGUCCAAGGGAAAGAGAAAAAGGACAGCAGGGCUGAGAUGUUAGAUCUUUUGGAGUUAAGUUCUCCCGGCCGAUCUCGGCCUCCCGCGUCCCUGCGCCGGGGCCCUGAGAUCCCCGGCUCUUCUUCCCUAGCACGCGCGCCCUGGCGACCCUGGCCACUGCACGGUCCUACGCUAGCCCCAAGCUCCGUGCCAGCCGCCGGCCAGCAGGCCAAGAGCUGCCUGCACACCCGGGGGUCUCGAGUCCCCGGGCCCCGCCGCCGGGCCCCUUGCCCUGAUCCCCGCCUGCGCCCUUGGCGGGCGUCCCCGCCCCUGCGCCGGCCCCCGAUGGCGGGGGGUGGGGACGGGAAGGCAGGCAGGAAGGUGCCGGGCCAGGAGGAGCGGGGCAGCUCGCGGUCGGGGGUGCCCAGGCCGCGGCGGGGCCGAGAGCACCGGUGGGGCGCGGAGGGGACCCGCUCUCCCAACCCCUGCCCGGGCGCGCCCCGGCCCGAGAGCCCCGCUAAGCUCCCAACUCCGCCCAACGGCCCCAAGUUUGCGGCCCCCGCCCCGCUCCCGCCGUGCCGCGCUUACCUCGCCGUGGGCCGCCCGCGGAGCCGGAGGGCAGCGGCGCGGGUCCCGGGGCGGCGGCCGCGCUGCGCCCGCCCAAGCGCCGCUCUUUGUCUGCGCCGCUCCCUCCUCCCGCCGCCGGGCGGACGCUGCCGGCCCGGGCGGACCCCGCCGGCCCGGGCGCCGCGAGCCUCCCAGCCGCCGAGCCCUCCCCUCCGCCGGCCGCCCGCUCGGCCGCGCGGCUCUGGCCUGACGAUCCCGGCGGCGGCGGCGGCGGCGGCAGCGGCGGCGGCGACCCUCCCCCGGCGCUCAGCGCCCGCCUCCUCCGCGCUCUUCCUCCUCCUCCCGCGCUCCUCCCCGGCCGCGCCGUGACGCCGCCCAGGGGCCGGCCCAGGCCCGGGCGCGCGGGGCGGGGACCCGAGACCCACCUGGGGCGCCCCCCGGCGCCACCAGGCUCCGCGUCUUGGGUCUCGACACGUUUUUAGUCCAUCAUCCCGUCCGAGGCACUCCCUAAAAGAAGGAGAGGAAACUCGACCUCUGUUGCCUCGCAGGCAUCCAGGCCAGCCCCAGCCAGUGGAAUCCUGGUUGCACACCCGUGGGGGCAAAACCCGAAGAGGAGCUGCCCGAAUGGGCCCCUAGAAGUGUCGAUAUGAACGCCCUGAGGGCAGGAGCCAAGCCUGGUUUUCCUGUACAGCCCCGACCCUUCUUCUGCCUACCCAGUAUAGAGAAGACACUUUGCAAAUCUUUCACGAUGGAUGGAAAUUCCACACUUAUGAGUGUGUCGAAGAGGAGAGUGAGCAUUAGUGAAGAGACUUAAAAAGAGGCCAUCAGGAACUCACUCUGAGAAUCUCAAAACAGAUACUGGUGGACUUACAGAAUUUUGGAUUUCCUUUCACCUACAUGACCACAUGGGGAAGGAAAAAGUGUUAAGACAGCACAGUGAUUUCAUACCCAAACUACAAAGUACCUUCCCACGACCUCUUCAGACCCGAGUGGGGGCAGCUUAGAAACCCAUAAAACCCAUCCCUCAGUGACUGGCAAGAUUAACUUUUUACAAACCACCACUACAAAGAGUUAAAUUUCAUACACACCCAAAAAGUCGGGUGCCCUCUAUGGAUGAUCAAUACGAUUCUCCUGCUUCUAAGAAUUGUGAUCUGAACUUCAGGAAGUAACUGUGCUCUAAUUGUAUAAAUAAAGGAAAAGCAGAUGAAGUAACUGAAUGUAUGUUAGGGUACCAAAAAAACAAAGGAACAUAAGUGCACUUAAACACUGGCCUAUUUUUCAGUAUGAGUUUUGUCAAACACUGCCUGUGGUGAUCAGUGUUACACAUCAUAACUUUAAAUUUUAACAGCUGCUUGAACUGAAAAAUAAAAAUCAUCAAACUUUACAUUGUUUUUGAUUGUUAGCAGCAGGGCAGAGAUAGUUUCAGAUAGGAACAGUUUUAAGAGAGCUCUGUAACUUUACAAAAGCUAAGAUUUUUUUGUUGUUGUUUUGAGACGGAGUUUCGCUCCUGUUACCCAGGCUGGAGUGCAAUGGCGCAAUCUCGGCUCACCGCAAUCUCCGCCUCCUGGGUUCAGGCAAUUCUCCUGCCUCAGCCUCCUGAGUAGCUGGGAUUACAGGCACACGCCACCAUGCCCAGCUAAUUUUUUGUAUUUUUAGUAGAGGUGGGGUUUCACCAUGUUGACCAGGAUGGUCUCGAUCUGUUGACCUCGUGAUCCACCCGCCUCGGCCUCCCAAAGUGCUGGGAUUACAGGCGUGAGCCACCGUGCCUGGCCGAAAGCUAAGAUUUUAUGCAAAUUUUAAUUUGAAAUCCGCCUUUAGGUGAACAUAGUGGAUGAGACGUUUCUGUUAGCUACAAUAACCCUCAAUUAAUCAGAAUGCCUCAGGAAGGAGCUGUUUUACUAAAUUAAAUUUUCAUGUUGGUUAAGGAUUAACCAGAAAUUCCUUUCAGCUGGAACAUAAGUUGAAAUUUAAAAAUAUGUACACAUAUUUUGGGCAGAUAGCUCACCUUGGAAAGCCGUAAAGUGCAGUAAAUGAAAUGAGUCUUUUUUGAUGCUGGGUGCCUCAUUUUUCUGAGCCAUCUUUCUGAACGUGCAUCCUCAUUUUAUAGUGCUAAGUGUGUAGAAGAUUGGGUGAAAGAAUCUGCACUAAGUCAGAGCCAUGUGUUCAAAUUACUUCUUAAAAAGUUAAUAAAAUUUACUUAUUUUCC